AUGUCGGGACUGUCGCGUCGGACGCGCUCGCAGAGGCCAUCCGCGACGGCGAAUUACCUCCCUUACAUUCUUGUUAUCGCGCUCUCUGCCUCCAAUCUCGUGGGCUCGACUUCCGCCGCCGCCCCUCCGCCCCUCGGAUCACCGGGUAGCGGCAAUUCUGACACAUAUGUGUUCGCGGAAAUGGUGGAUGGUGACUCGCGCGCAGUCAUCUACCUGCGCCUCUCUUUCGAUUCCACGACUGCCACCAUCCAAGCCACCUACAAGAUCUUUGCCGCUCUCCCCGCGGGCCCGCCAGUCUACAUCACCCUAGCAAACACAACCGUCCCCGGAUGCGACCCGUCCAGAUGCAGCCUCCCCCCAGCCGCCCCCACAUGGGUCCAGCCCGUGCCGUCCGUGUGGCAGACCAUCGGCGAAUUCACCAGCACCCCUGCCACCGACCCUGAGCGCUACGCUGCUCUGCUACAGCUGAUUGACAACUCGUCGGCGUUCCCUGGGGUGGUCAUGGCGUAUGGGACUAACAUGCAGGCGGUGGGGCAGUUCCAGGUUGACGCCAAUGUGAAUUUCCUGGAGGUCGGCCCGGUCCCAGCGACUGUUCCCAAACCCAACUACGUUGUUCGCUUCCGCUCAUACAUGCCUGGCGGCGCCAACCUCGCCUUCACGCAGUCGGCCGAUGGGCUGUCCUUCCGAGUGGAUGUUGUCUUUGUUGUGGUCGUACCCACUGAUGAGCCCUUCACCACCGGCCUCCGAUUCCUGCCAGAAGCAUUUUCCCGCAAUUCCGGCCGUUCAUCCGUCCACGUGUUCAUCUACCUCUACCUGUGCACUAGGGAAUUAAUCGAGCCGCAAAUGGCGGAGAUGGAUCAGGAAGUGGUGAAGGGGCCUUGGAGCCCAGAAGAAGACGAGAAGCUUAGGGAGUUAAUCUCCAAGUACGGACCGCGUAACUGGUCUCUGAUAGCCCAAGGACUCAAGGGGCGGUCCGGCAAGAGCUGUCGCUUGCGAUGGUGCAACCAACUGAAUCCCGAAGUGAACAAGGAUCCGUUCACGGAGGAGGAGGAUCGCAUCAUCGUGAUGGGCCACGCGGAGCACGGCAGCAAGUGGUCCAUCAUCGCUAAGAGCCUCCCCGGUCGCACGGAUAAUGCCAUCAAGAACCACUGGAACUCCACGCUCAAGCGCAAGUACCCCGCCAUUCUCGCCGACAUCAUCAGCCGACGCACCUCCCGCCUGCUUGACUCUCCGCGCGACAGCAUCAGCGGAAACAGCAGCGCGGGUCCCGCGUCCCCCGCGUACGCCGCCAUGUACCGCUCCGCGUUCCCCGACAGCCCCACAUUCUCGCCCGGGAGCGGCGCCGGCACACCCGGGAGCGGGCGAUACGAUUCCGGCCGGUUAGAGCAUAUCCGCGCGCUCACCGAUGUGCUCCGCCGCCUCGCGACCACCUCCGCCGCCGCCUCCACUUGCUCUUCCCCCAGCGGCCUGCACUCCGGCGUCCCCUCCCCCCAUCCGCUCUCGCAGCCCUUCUCUCCCCACGGCCUCUCCGCCAGCAGCGGCGCGCCUUCCCCCGGCUCCGCGCAGCCCUUCCCCUUCGCCGCUGGUGCCGGCGCAGGCGCAGUCGGAGGUUUUGGUUCCGCCAUGACGGGGAUCGGCGGAAGCGGAAGCGGAGGCGGAGGGGAUGACCUGCUCGACUUGCGCCAGCAAACCGCGAAGCGCCUGCGCCUGGCCGCCGCGUAUUCCGGGAUUCCGUUCUCCGAACUCCCUUCCCCGCAAGAGGUUCUCGCUUUCCCCAAGAGCGCAAGCCUGGGGGAGCCCUCCGCGCCCUCUCCGCCCGUAGUCUCCCCCCUCUUCCCGCGCUUCCUCUCCUCCGCCGGCGGUGCUGGCGCAGGCGGGAGCGGCGCAGCUUUCGGCGGAGAUAACGCGCUGGCGGCACUUGCAGCGGGGGCAGGGGGGUUGGGUAUGGGUGGCGGCACAGGCGCAGACCCCAGCGGGUUCGGGGGAAUGGGCGCGGGCGCGGGCGCCGGGGUGGGAUCUUCCCCCCUUGGCUCCCCGAACAACAUGUUCCGCGCAGGACUCGGUGGUGGCGCCACCGCGAAAACGCCACCGUUCUCCGCCUUCCACCACCGCUCUCUCCUCCGCUCCUCCUCCUCCCCCGUAGAGCGCGCCCCCCUCACCGGCCUCUUUCCCUCCGGCCUGGGAACCCCGAGCCUAGGAGGUUCCACCUUGGGAUUGUCGGUCUUGGGGGGAGGAGGCGGCGCAGGGGGAGGCAUGGGGCAAAUGGACGGCGGAGCUGGCGGCGGCGCUAGCAGCAGCAGGCCCAAAGGGCCGUCGAUUCUGGGCCGGCGAAAUCUGACCAUUGAUCUGUCGGUGCUGGAGCAGCAGCAGCCGUCGUCCGCUAAUGCCACACCACAAGGCACGCGCGGCUUGCCUGCCUCCGCAACCGCCGCCGCCGCCGCCGCCGGUGCUGGUGGUGACGUGUCCGCUGGUUCCUCCGGCGGUGGUGGUGCUGUGGCUGGUGGUGGCGGGUUUGCUGGUCCCGUGGGAAUGGACGAAGGCGCUCAUCUGUCCCUAAGUCAGCAGAUUCACAACCAAGGGUCGCCUUUUGAUGCUGCCACCCUCCAGCAGGCGCAGCAGCAGCAGCAGGCGCAGUUCGCAGGGCUGGAAUCGACUCAGAAACGGUCGAGGUUCGCCAUGGCAGCUGGAGCAGGAGCAGGAGCAGCACGGGGAUUGGGGGACACGGAGAGCGCGUCUAUGUCGAGUGGCGGACUGGCGGAGCGACCAGGGUCGCGCAUGGAAGAGGACAGCGCGGACCCUAACAUUGCAAUGGCUCCGCGAAAAGGCAAGAAGGGGCGAUCCGGCAAGUCCGGCAACAACCACGGCAACGCUAGCAACAUCAAUUCCAACAUCAGCAAGCAGCAAGUAAAAAGCGGGUCCAACACGCCGGACCCGCAGUUACCCGCGGAAACCUCGCCAAAUCUGGCGGGAGGGUUGGACCAGUCGCUAGAAACCCCGCAGCUGUAUGCUCAUGGUCCAUCUCUCGCCAAGGUUGCAAGCAAAAAGGCCGUUGACCCUGUGCGAUCCGGCGACAACUGCUCGUCGCACGGAUCAUCGUCAGGCCAUCCGUCGGGGAGCCAUGGCACGGGGAAAAAUUCCAUCGCUCCUGUAGUAGCACCAACAGUAGCGGAUCGCGUCCCCGUUACAGGACAUGUGCAUGAAGCUUCGAUAGUAGCAGCGGCCGUGGAGGAUGCGGAAAGGGCUAGAGCGGAGGAUGCGGCGGACAGAGCGAGUCACCGCAACAAGCGCAAGUUCCGCCUCGACGCGCCGUCCGCUUCCGCGCAGGGAAGCCCGCCGGCCGCUGCGCCGUUAGCGUGUCCGCCGAUGGCGGAGACGGACGGCGGUCAUGCGCGCCAGGAUGUAACGCAGGUCGGAUCGCAGGUGAAAUCUCAGGUGGGAUCGCAGGUGGGAGCGCGAAGCGGUCAGGGGUUAGCGGGGUCGGGGGAGAGUGACUUGGGGAAGCUUCAGAAGCAGCAGCUGAGGCUUGCGACGAGCACGCAGCAGCAGUCGCAGUCGCAGUCGCAGUCGCAGUCGCAGUCGCAGGCGCAAGGUUCGGCGGCUGCGCGCAUGGCGCGGAUGCAGAUGACUUUCCGCGAGACCGCGGAAGCGGGGUCGUACGGUGCAGGGGUAGCUUCGGGUAACCGGGUUAUCAUGCGGGGGGAUGGUCUUCGCCGUUGGGGGUCGCAGGGGGAGGAAGGUCUGCGCGGAUUCGAAGACGAGGGGGGUUUGGUGUCUUGUACCGAAGAUGCUUGUGACGGGUCGUGCGUGGGUGGCAUUAUCCACGUGGAGGAUGAGUAUUAUGACGAGGACGGGGAUUACGAUGACGGUGAUGACGUGGACACUGUGGAUGCGCAGGAGGAUUACGACGAUGACGAUGACGUGGAUAUAGCGGAUGAUGACAUGGAGAGCGAGUUUGAUGACGCGGAUGACGAUGCUGCUGCUACUGCUGCCCACGUUGCCGAUUCGGAGUCUCCUGAAAAUUACAUUUGGGAUGAUGCAACCGAAUUCCGCUUAGAGGAGCUUCUCUUAGAGAAACUCGAUUCGCUCCAUAGCGAAGCGGUGGUCAAGGUCGCUAGCUUCGGCUACACCGAAGAAGCGGCUCGGCAGGCUGUCGACAGGUUCGGCAGCUGCUUCGGCGAGAAGGACGCCCUGACCAACAUCGUCUCCAAUGCUCUCCUCUUCGGCAGAGGCCCGGAAAUCGCAGCCAUGGCCGCAGGCAGCCAAGAGACGGUUUCAAAAGCAUCAGCGGAAGAGCCUUUGGAGGAGCCUUCAACAGGAGCUCACUUAGAGUCUGCUCUUGUGUCAACUCAAAAGCUUUCAACAAGAGCCCACCCAGACUGCGAAUCCAGAGAGUGUGGUGAUGAUGGCGUGGUGGAUACCAUUGAACUGGCAUCACACAGCGAGGCAGCAAGUUCCACGUCAGCGGAGCCACCGGGUGCCACGUCAGCAGAGACGUCAAAUGCUGCGUCCGCCGAGGCACCGAGUGCCACGUCAGCGCAGGCGGAGCAGAACUCGACUGCGUUCUCCAUGGCGCUGCAGAACGUGUUCGCUGGAGCCAUGCUCAAAUCCAUUGCCAACACCACUGGUCUGUUCGGAGGCAUCAACCCGCUCACUCUCUCUACCUCUCCCACCGUCUCCCACAUCGUCGAUGGGUGUGGCAACGACUCUGCGCUGCUUCCCGGCUUAGAUGGCGAUGGCGAUGGCGAUGGUGACGAUGCUAGUGCUGAUGCUCGUGAUGAUGAUGGCGGUGGCGGUGCUGGUGCUGGUGCUGGUGAUGGUGCUGGUGGUCGUGACGGUGCUACUGAUCGUUCUGCUGUGACUGCUGGUGCUGCAGGUGGGGAAGCAGGUGGGGACGAUGAAUGGCAGGUGGGGGGAGGUGAGGGAGAGAGAGUGCGUGAAGUUUCAGGAGGGGAAGAGGGGAGAAGUAGAGAGGAGAAGGCGGGAUGUGAGGGUCAUGUGAAUGGUGCAAGUGUUGCAACAGCAGGAAGCGUUACCAGCGUUGCUGCAGCUCCCAUGUCAGCAUCUGCACCCUUCUCCUUCUCCUCCCCUGCUUACCCCCACGCCCACCCCCCACCUUACACCCACCCGCAACCUCCCCCUCCUGCCUUGGCCCAAACCUCAGUUACCUCCCAAGCCACCUGGCCAGGCUCGGCAACUUCCACUCCGCAGACCGUGUUUCCGGACCUGCUUGUGCAGCCAGGUUCGGCAGGCGGGGAAGGGGUGGGCGUGGGACGAGUGGGAGGCAGCGUAGGGGCAGGGCUGGGAGGGGGAGGGGGGAGUGAGGUGGGGGGAGUAAGGGGGAGGAGAAGGCGGUUGGUGGUAGCACAGAGGAGGCGAGGGGAAGCGGGUACUGGGGAGGAGAUGGGGGGGACAGGGGGAGCAGGAGGGGCAGUGUUAGCAGCGAGUGCAGGGAAGGCAGGAGUUGCAGGGGCAGGUGGGGCAGCACGAGAGGCAGCAGGAGGGGGAGAGGGCCAGGAGAAUCGUAGUUUGGUGCACACAGGGAUGGGUGGAGGCGCGGCCUAUGCUGAUGGUACUGCAGGCUGCAGUGGUGGCUGUGCUUCCGCUGCUGCCCUACCCAACCGUACUGUAGCAGCCAGUGUUCCAUCCAACUGCGCUGCUGUAGCUGGUACUGCAGGUACUGCUGUAGCGGGUAGUGCUGUAGCAGGGACCGCUAUGGCAGGUUCUCCUGCCGUCUCAGCAGCUGCAGGAGCAAGUGCCAGUGCAGGGAGCCAGCACGCUCUGUUGAAUUCACCUGCUCUGUUGAAUUCUCCUGGCGUGGCGGCGCCGUUUGACCCGCUUCAGUCGCAGCAGGGCGCGCCAGGUGGUGUGCUAGCUGGUGCGCAGGCAGGCAGGGUGACAGAGAGAGCAUGUGUGGCGGGGACUGCUGGGUCUGCUGCUGGGGUCACCACUGGUGUCACAAGCAGCGGCGGUGUGGCGAGCAGUGGUGGUAUGACAAGCAAUGGUGUAACGAGCAGUGGUGGAACAAGCGGUGCGCCAAGCGGCAAAACUACCAGUACCACCAGCAUCAUAAAGGCUGGGUUACCAGCAGUUUCAGCAGUUUCAGCAGCAGCAACAGCAGCAGCAACAGCAGCAGCAGCGGCAGCAGCAGCAGUGGCAGCGGGAGCAGGGGGGAAGGGAGUGGAGAGUGCGGAGGGGGUGAUGGAGCGGCUGGAGCAGCUGCAUGCCACGCAUGGCGCCGUGCUGAAGCAGUGCGUGCACCUGGAGAGACGUGUUGAGGAACUCGAAGGACAGGUGGACGAGCGGAAGGAGCAGCACACGGCAUGGCUGGAGGCGAAGGUGAGAGAGCUGGAGGCGGCUGUGGAGGACAGCAAGCACUGGGCGCAGCAACGGGUGAUGCAAGUAGCACAGAAGCUGGUGAGGGAGAGCAAGGAGCUGCGGCAGCUGAGGGCGGAGCGCGAGGAGUGGGUGCGCAGCCGGCGCGAGCACGACGGCAAGGAGGAGAGCGCCGCGCGCCAGCUGGGCGAGAUGGAGGCGGCCCUCCGGAAGGCGUCGGGACAGGUUGACCGGGCUAAUGCUGCCGUUUGUCGUCUGGAAGCAGAGAACGCUGAGCUGAGAGCGGAGCUGCAGGCAGCAGGGCUGAGGGUGAGCGAGGCGAGUGCAAAGCUGGCAGAGGCGGGCAAGCGGGAGGGCAAGUCGCUGAAGAGGGUGCAGGCGAUCGAGAGGGUCAAGGCGAAGCUGCAGGAGGAACUGUCCGAUGAACGGCGCAAGCUGGCGACUGCUCUCUCCGAUCUCGACGCGACACGGCGGCAGCAGCAGCAGGCAGAGCAGCGGUGGCGGCAGGAGGAAAAAGCACGUGAAGAAGCAACCGCUCGCGCUGACGCCGAGUGCCGAGCACGCGAGCAGGCAGAGACAGCGUGGAAGCAGCGCGAGGAGACGCUCCGAGCCAAGAGCGAGGCGGAUGUGAAGAGGGUGCGCGGCGAGGUGGCGAGACUAGAGCGAGAGGUGGUGCAGCUGAGAAUCAUGGCUGGGGCCAGCCUAUCGUGUGCCUCGCCUGUAACGACGCUCUGCUCGCUCGCCGCAUGCCUGACUGUCCUACCUGCCGUGCGCCUGUUGCCCAGCGCAUCCGCGUCUUCGGCCCGCAGUAGGGCGGCGAGUCUUCUCAGGUCUGCGCGCCUCGCAGUGCCACCGACCAUGGCUGUCAAGACGACUCUUUUUGCGCUCUUCCUCCUCUCGCUCGCCCUGUCAUGUGCGGCCUACAGGAUGAUGCCGGGCUACGGUCAGGGUGGCAGAGGCGGCGGGGGCUUUAGGUGGGGCCAAGGCGGAUGGGGACAGUUCGGCGGUCAUCCAGGCACUCGCAUCGGCGCACUGGCGGCGCGCAUGCUGGGAAACAACGUGGCUGACGCAUCAGGCACAGUCACGGGCGACGUCAACGCUACGGGCGUCGUGCUGCUCGCCGUCUACAACUACAGCGGAGACUACAACAUUCGCUACGGUGCCGCCCUCAAGCUCACCGAUGCGGGCCUGCCCACAUCCAUCACCAUCAACGAGAACGCCACGUCAGCAGUCGUCCUGGAUUUCGGCGCCAGUGCCACGUGGACCAAUCUUACGUGGUCCGGAAACUGCUCUGCACUCAACGCCAAUGGUACCUUGAAGCGCGGCGCCCGCCGCCAGCCACCCUUCCCCAAGUUCUUCGGCUUCUUCCGCCCGCCCGUUCCCUCGGGAUUUGUUUACGGUUUUGCUGGGAUGUGGUAUAACGCGAGCACUAUUACCACUGCGGCCGGGCCGACUUAUAAGGAUGUGAUGGAUCUGCUCUUGGCGAAUCCUGCUUCUUACUAUGCGGUGGCCACCACUGAUGCGUAUCCCAAUGGUGUUGCUCUUGGGUCGUUUGCGGCACGCGCAUCGGUUCAGCCCGUCGUUCCCUUUCCUCCUCUCCCACUCUCCCUGCUGUCUCUUCUCCCGCUGUUUCCGCUUAUCCUCGCCGAUCGGGUCCUCGCGGAGUCUGUUCCGCUCUUCGAGAACGGCGCCGACGUGCUGACGGCUGCGGGCAGCGGCGAGCCGGUUACCAACGGCAUAAUUUCGGUGCUCUUCGGCAUCGCUGUCGUCGGACUGGUCGUGCUGACCGGCGGGGUGGCGUACCUGGCAUAUACAGACUGGCAGGACAAGAGGGAGAUGGAGAAGCUGGCAGCAGCGGAGCCGGUGAAGCGGCCAACUGCCACAUCGGAGAUCCGCGCUGCCAUGAAAUCGCCUCCCCGGGCCACGCCCAAGGGGUUUGGGAAGAAGUCGGACAAAGAGAUUGCGGAGGAGAGCGAUGCUUGA